AUGGGGCUGCAGAUGCACGUGCAGAGGGCAGCAGGGCGCGCGGGGCGCGCGUGGCGCGCAGGGCUGCAGGGCGCGCGGGGCACGCAGGGCAGCCGGAAAGCAGGGCGCGCGGGGCGCGCAGGACAGCAGGGCGCACGGGGCGCACAGGGCUGCAGGGCAGCAGGGUGCGCGGGGCGCACAGGGCAGCAGGGCAGCAGGGCACGCGGGGCGCACAGGGCUGCAGGGCAGCGGGGCGCACGGGGCGCACAGGGCUGCAGGGCGCGCGGGGCGCGCAGGACAGCAGGGUGCGCGGGGCGCGCAGGACAGCAGGGCGCGCGGGGCGCGCAGGGCUGCAGGGCGCGCGGGGCGCACAGGGCAGCAGGGCACGCGGGGCGCACAGGGCUGAAGGGCAGCGGGGCGCGCGGGGCGCACAGGGCUGCAGGGCGCGUGGGGCGCGCAGGACAGCAGGGCGCGGGGGGCGCGCAGGACAGCAGGGCGCGCGGGGCGCGCAGGAAAGCAGGGCGCGCGUGGCGCGCAGGGGGGGAUGGAGGAGAAGGGGGGGGGGGCGGGGGGGGGCUGGUGCUGCAGAUCCCCUCCCCCCCACUGCUGCACUCGCAGCAGGGGAAUGGAGAAGGGGCGGGGCGUGGCUGGUGCUGCAGAUCCCCUUCCCCCCACUGCUGCUCCACUAUCCGCCACCCCCCAGGGAUGGAGGAGAAGGGGGGGGGGAGCGGGGGGGGGGCUGGUGCUGCAGAUCCCCUCCCCCCACUGCUGCACCCGUAG